AUCCUCUCCUCUUCCGUACUGUUACCUCUAGUUCUGGGUUUAGCGGCUACUGGUUCUUCUCUAGUUCAAACUCUCGCAGCUCCCACUCGACGAUUCAGCAGGCACUUCUCUCUCUCUCUCUCUCUCUCUCUCUCUCGCACAAACAUCAACGCCGACGUAGUGAAGCUUCUGGAUCAGAUGAGCACAGGAACGAGCACCUUCGUGAUCCGAUGGGUCAAUUUUCUCACAAUGAUAUUGGGAUUAGGAGUUAUUUGUUUUGGAAUAUGGAUGAGCACUCACCAUGAUCAGUGUCACAGAACAUUGACACUCCCUGUAAUUGGUCUUGGUGCUCUAAUACUCCUGAUAUCCUUGGUUGGAUUUCUUGGAGCUUUGAAGAAUAUUACUCUUUUGCUGUGGGUGUACUUGGCAAUUAUAUUCUUGAUUUUGGUGGCAAUUUUGGUUUUCACCGUGCUGGCGUUUAUCAUAACAAACAGUGGAUCUGGGCAUGCUGUGUCUGGAAUAAAGUUCAAAGAGUAUCAUCUUCAAGAUUACAGCGCUUGGUUCUUAAAGCAGCUCAACAAUACCAAAAAUUGGGACCGCUUGAAGAGCUGCCUUGUGAAAUCUGAUGACUGUAAUAACUUGCCUAACAAGUACAAGACCCUUAAGGCAUACAAGUCAGCAGAGCUGUCCCCGGUUGAGGCAGGUUGUUGUCGCCCACCCUCAGAGUGUGGGUACCCUGCAAUAAAUGCUUCAUACUAUGAUUUGAGCUAUCAUCCCACAAGCACCAGCAAAGAUUGCAAGCUUUACAGGAAUGCUCGUAAUGUGAAGUGCUAUGAUUGUGAUUCUUGCAAGGCUGGUGUUGCGCAGCGCAUGAAAACAGAAUGGAGAGUGGUUGCAAUCUUCAAUGUGAUUUUGUUUGUCAUUUUGUCGGCCGUGUACUUAGUAGCUUGCUGUGCGAGGAGAAAUGCUGCCAGUAGUAAUUCUUUAAAAGAAGGAAGAAGAUGAAUCCCAGAGGAGGAACUUGCAGAAUGCCUGUUCUUAAUGAAGUUUUUGAACUUGAAAAGAAAGGUCAGGUGGAUAUAUAAAAUAUGUAUCAUUGAUCCUUUUCAAUGGGCUGCCUAUGAUUUCUGUGGCUGUUUGAGAGCUUUGUUUUUUAAGGUAGCAGCUCACAUUGCUCCCAAGAAUUUUUUAUGUAAACCAUAUUGCUACUAAUAGCUGUUAGUUUAGAUGAAUUAAGAGGUAUUUCAGGAAGAAAGAUUUUUUUUAUGA